UGCCUCCCAGAAGCCAGCUCCGCGGGUGCGGGUCCCGGGAGGUGGGAGGCAGCUCCCCUCCCCACCCCCGGCUGAGCCCCUGCUGGCUGCUCGGGUCUCUGGCUCUCGUCCUCCUCGUCUGACCUCCUGGCCAGCCUCCUGUCUAGGAAGAGAAGGGAAAGACAUCUCCCUCCCCUGCUAAGUUUGCAGAGGAUCAAGGCCUGGCCUGAGCUGGAGGGAAUGGCCCCAGGGAGCUGCAGACCCCCACCUCGGGGGUUGGUGACAUUCAAGGAUGUGGCUGUGGACUUCACACAGGAGGAGUGGGGCCUCUUGGACCACAACCAAAAGGAGUUGUACAAGGAGGUCAUGCUGGAAAAUGCCCGGAACCUGCUCUCCCUGGGGCUUCCAGUUCCCAGAGAAGACGUGAUCUCCUAUUUUGAGCAAAGGGAAGCACCAUGGAUGCUGGAGCAAGAAGGCCUGAGGAGCCGCUGUCUGGAAGGAGAGAUCAGACUUGAAAUGAAAGAGACUACUGAAGAACUAAGCCUUUCUGUGGAAGAAACUCAUAAGCAAAGAUUCAUGAGUCAUGGUCCUUGUGACUUCACUAGGAUAGAAGCUGUACAUCAGAGCAUCCACACUGGGGAGAAGUCUUAUGAAUGUAAUCAGUGCAGAAGAACAUUUACAAAGAGCUCCCAUCUUGUUCGACAUCAGAGAAUCCACACUGGAGAGAAACCUUAUGGAUGUAAUCAAUGCGGCAAAACUUUCCUAAAGAAAAACAAAUUUGCUGAACACCAGAGAAUUCACACCGGAGAGAAACCUUAUGAAUGUAAUCAUUGUGGAAAGACAUUCACAAAGAGCUCCCAUCUAGUUCGACAUCAGAGAAUCCACACUGGAGAGAAACCUUAUGAAUGUAACCAGUGUGGAAAGACAUUCACACAGAGUUCCAAUCUUGCUUUACAUGAGAGAAUCCACACUGGAGAGAAACCUUAUCAAUGUAAUCAAUGUGAAAAGGCUUUCAGGUCUAGCUCCAAUCUUGCUCUGCAUCAGAGGAUCCACACUGGAGAGAAACCUUAUGAAUGUAGUCAAUGUGGGAAAGCUUUCAGGUCUAGCUCUAGUCUUGCUCAACAUCAGAGAAUCCACACUGGAGAGAAACCUUAUGAAUGUAAUCAAUGUGGGAAAACUUUCCUAAAGAGAAACAAACUUGCUGAACAUCAGCGAAUCCACACUGAAGGGAAACCUUAUGAAUGUAAUCAAUGUGGGAAGACUUUCAGAUGGAGGAAGAGCAUUGCUGAACAUCAGAAAAUCCACACUGGAGAGAAACUUUAUGAAUGUAAUCAGUGUGGAAAAACUUUCAUAUGUAGGAAGAGUGUUACUGUACAUCAGAGGAUCCACACUGGAGAGAAACCAUAUGAGUGUAAGCAGUGUGGAAAAGCAUUCACACUGCGCUCCAGUCUUGCUGAUCACCAGACAAUUCACACUGGAGAGAAACCUUAUGAAUGUAAUCAGUGUUUAAAAACUUUCUUAAAGAAAAACAAACUUACUGAACAUCAGCGAAUCCACACUGGAGAGAAACCUUAUGAAUGUAAUCAGUGUGGAAAAACUUUCAGAUGUAGGAGGAGUAUUGCUGUACAUCAGAGAAUCCACACUGGAGAGAAACCUUAUGAAUGUAGUCAGUGUGGAAAGUUUUUUACACAGAAGAUCAACCUUACUGUACAUAAGCGAAUCCACACUGUAGAGAAACCUUAUGAAUGUGUUCAAUGUGGAAAAACUUUCCUAAAGAAAAACAGACUUGCUGAACAUCGGAGAAUCCACACUGGAGAGAAACCUUAUGAGUGUAGUCAGUGUAGAAAGACAUUCACAAAGCGCUACCAUCUUGUUAGACAUCAGCGAAUCCACACUGGAGAGAAACCUUAUAAAUGUAGUCAGUGUGGAAAGAGAUUCACAGAGAGUUCCAUGCUUACUGGACAUCAGAGAAUCCAUACUGGAGAGAAAUCUUAUAAAUGUAAUCAAUGUGGAAAAGAUUUCAGGUAUAGCUCCAGUCUUGCUCAACAUCAGAGAAUCCACACUGGAGAAAAACCUUACGCAUGUAAUCAGUGUGGAAAGACUUUCAGAUGUAGGAAGAGUAUUGCUGAACAUCAGAGAAUCCACACUGGAGAGAAACCUUAUGAAUGUAAUCAAUGUGGAAAGCUUUUCAUAUUCAACUCCAAUCUUGCUCAACAUCAGAGAAUCCAUACUGGAGAGAAACUCUAUGAAUGUUUUCAGUGUGGAAGGACAUUCACACAGAGCUCCCAUCUUAUUCGACAUGAGAAAAUACACACUGUAGAGAAACCUUAUGAAUGUAGUCAAUGUGGAAAAACUUUCAGAUGUAGGAGGAGUAUUGCUCUGCAUCAGAGGAUUCACACUGGAGAGAAACCUUAUGAAUGUAAUCAAUGUGGGAAAAUUUUCCACCAGAAGACCAGUCUUACUAUACAUAAACGAAUCCACACUGUAGAGAAACCCUAUAGAUGUAUUCAGUGUGGAAAAACUUUCCUAAAGGAAAACAAACUUGAUGAACAUCAGAAAAUCCAUACCGGAGAGAAACCUCAUGAAUGUAGUCAAUGUGGAAAGGCUUUUACACAGAGCUCCCAUCUUGUUCGACAUCAGAGAAUCCACACUGGAGAGAAACCUUAUGAGUGUAAUCAAUGUGGGAAAGCCUUCAGGCAAAAGUCAGUCCUCCUUUCCCAUCAGAGAAUUCAUACUAGGUAAAAAUCUCACUACUAACAUGAAUGAGGAAAGGCAUUCAAAUGGAGUACAGAGCUUAGCAGAAAAUUCUUUCUGGGUACAAACUGUAUGUUGGAAGACCUUCAGCCAGAGAUCAUCUUUUACUUUAUAUCAUAGGAUUUAUCCUGGAAAGAAGCCUCAUGAAGCUGUUCAGUGGAGCCAUGCCUUUCUCUGGAAGGUAGAGGUCACCGGGGAAGGGUUACAUGUUGUUUCUGCAUGUAACAGAAUGGUGAAAUAAGUGCAAGUAAUUCAUGGCAAUUCAUCAGCCUGCAUGCAGAACAGCACAAGGAGUCACUAGAACUGUUCCUGAACCACAGGAUUGUGUGAAAGGAGCCUCUGAUUGUUCUCAAAAUAGAAUAAGGGAAAACACUUGUGUCAGUACUGUUUCACCUGGGGAGCAGCGUUUGGUGAAGGGGAGAAAUCGGAGGUGUUGGGUCAAGAGUUAUGAAAACUGGGGCAAUUUAGGGAAAUGUAUUAGUGAGGUUGUACUGAGCCAGUCUCUAACCUGAGAAUGACAAAACAACAGGCCAGAGACAAAGUGCCAGGUAGUUUCAUUAUGAGGAACAGAUUUGCAAAUCAGGAAUUCUCGUCAGAAUUCCACCUUGGGGAAGUAAAGACAGAGGUUUUACACAUAAAUCACAAUGGGAAGGGAGGGGGGAAGGUGGAUUACAAACAGUCAUUCAGUGGUUUCCCAUGAGAAACCCACAAAUUCCACAAUACAACAAUGCUGGAGUCAAGAUCGGAACCACCUCCCCUACGGCACAGAACCAGAGCUCUGGGAUAGGAGCAGGUUUGACAGUCCUUGAUUUGCUUCACUUAGGUACACAGGCAGUGAUUGUGAGCCUUGUCAAAAUUUGACUCAUCAUUUCAAGCUGCCUUGUAAGCUUCUGACUCACAAGGCAAAAGAGGCAGUUGUGAAAGAUCUAAUCUGUUACUAUAUUCGUUACACAUAUCAUCAAUUAAUGUGAAAAUUAUAAUUCCCUCCACGUUUCCUCCUUCCAGCCGUAAAGGUCUGAAUGACCCUUGAAGGCCAAUAAGGAACGUUCAUUUGAAUCACGAUUUUAAUUUUAUGUAAGAAUAAGUGAGUUACAAGUCUAAUGCCAAGGUGGACAGCAAGGCAAAUGAAGAAAAUAAAAUUAGACCAGGGAGGGCAGAACGGGGAUGCUGCAUAGGUUUUCAGGCCACCAGGGGAGCUGAUCAAAGGAAGGUGAGGGGGAGACAUUCUUCAUGCUCCUGUUCUGUAAAUGUGCUCGCUUGUUUGGGGUGCUAAGGUCUUUCUCUGCCUAAAAGGCUGGUCAACAUUUUUCCCCAAGGAAGGGAGGGCCCCUCCCCUUGAGUGUUAGGGCAUCGGCAAGGGAGUCAGCAUGUAUCUGGAGGCUGGUGAUGCUCCAGGCCCAUGGCUGAUUCUGCCAAGAGGUGCCUGACUUAUGGGCACAGUGUGCCAAAGGUGGCUGUGGUUCCUCAGGGAUCCAGCCGAUGCCAGCAGCCGCAGUGGCAGGAAAGCAAGCCCGCACUGCUGAUGGAGAGACAGCUUUCACUGGAGAGUGCUUCAGCAGAGUGGUUCCCUGAGAAUUGGGACAGACUGGGCAUAGUGUAGACCAAAUCACAGAGGCCUUCCCAGAAGGGAGGGUGUCAGUUCAGUGGCAAAGAUAUGUGUAUCAGAGGGUGCCUCCUGGCAGAGAUCAUGGUUAUGGAACUGCCUUUGUUGUUGAAGGUAAGGGUCAGAGGUCUGAUGCCUGAUUUGGUAGGUGGGUCCCGAAACGCUGCUUGCUACAGGGGGCUUUUGCAGUGUUAUAAGAUGCCCCAUUCCUGUUCAGGGAAAUCUGUGGUCACAGGAGCUGGCUAGAGGAAUCAAGUGACAUGUUUAGGAAAGCAAAGCGGCACAUGUGGAGUUCAGAAUGAAGGUGAGAUUACAUUGCAUGGGAUUUAAAUGAUCAAAAGGUGAGGGCCCAUGUUACCGCUUAUGCCCUGGAUGCAGAGUGGAGCCUACGUCUCCAGAGAGACCCCUGUAGGUAAGGGUAUGGUAUGCUAAGGGCCCUAAAAUCUUCCAUUAAAUACAUUAAUUCUCUGUUAAUGUGUUUUUGGUUUUUUGCCAGAGCAUGUCUCAUCACUGGGGUCAUGAGCCAUGAGGCAGCUAGGGCUAGAGUUUCCGAGGCAUGGGACCUUGAAUGACAUGCCCAACAGUCAAGAAGCAUUGUGUUGGGCUCCUGAGUGGGUGGUUCAGCAGGGGUGAGGCAUAUGAGCCUGUUGACCAAAGUGAAGGGAUCAGGAAUAGGACAGACAUCUUGGAAAAUGAGAGGCCAGAGGCUGCUGUAAUAGCACAAUCAAAAAGGUUUAGUUCAUAGAGGGAGUAACUGCAGGCCAAGUCUGGUUUGUUGGGUCAUUAGUCUAUAUCAGAUGUCAUCUUCUCAUCCUGGGGACUUGGGAAGAGCUGUCCAUCUCAGAAGGCGGAUGCUUCUGACCCCACUCAAUUCUCAGGUGCAAAUCACCCCAAUCCAGAUGGGCAGGGCUGCUCUUUUGGAUGUAACGGGUGGAUCCACUACCCAGAAUUUGGCUGCAGUUGGGGUGGUGAGCAGGCCUUCACAGGGACCUUUCCACAGUGGCUCCAAGGAGUGUUUUUGGAGAGGACAUUUCCGGUAGACCCAGUCACUGGGUUGGAUUGGGGGCUGAGUCUCAGUUGGAAUUUCUAAAGAAUGGGACCGAGACAAGUUGGUACAUCUCUGAUGUUUUCUGGCCCCACCCAAUACGGUAUUGCAGGAGGGAGCUUCUGGCUGCUGUGCUUCCACCUGCAGAUACAGUGGCAUUGGGCAUCCUGUUAACUAUCUUAUAGGGGCUGAGCUUAUGGGGAACCAAAUGGUCUGGACCAGGAUGGGGAACCUGUGGCCCUCUAGGUUCUCAAGUGUGGCCCUUUAA